CUCAUAACUUCCAUCAUUUUAACAUUUUUAAUUUUAGGGAAAGAUGUCCAUGGAGCUUUGGAGAAUCCCAUGGUGGAUACAAGUAUGUUGGAAGAAUUCAUCAGUAGUGACCUAGAGUUUGGAACUUUGCAAAGCCAGUUGCCAGACUCUCCACCAGACUCUGGAUCAGAACGGUGUUCACCGCCACAGCUUCAGACCCCAUGGUAUGACCCUGCAUGGCCCAGUGGGCUGCAGACUCAGCUCCCAUGCUCAUCUGCUGUGGCACCAAGCAAGCUUCCCUGCAGGUUGAUGGAGACGUACUCUGACCCCAGUGCCAGUGGUCAUCCUUGCACCAUCCCCCAAGGCUGCUCUCUGAAGACAGAAAAUUCUGUGACUGCUUGGAAUAAUUCUACAUCCUCCAACGUUUUGGGUUUUAAUUAUUCAUAUUUUCAACCAAAUGCAUCUCAGAUUUCUGGUAUUUCUGCAGCACCAGGAAAAAAAAGGAAGCUCUCACAAUUAUUGGGAGAUGCCACUGAUUCUCCAGUCCGAUCUCAGGACUCCAGACAAGCAACCGCUAAGGACUGUGCUGCUGAAGUGCAAGAAUAUGACAGUGAUGGACAGAAUGCAGCUUUGGAAAAAUGCUGUCAAGCUCUAACAUGGCAACCUUAUCAAACUUCUCAGUGGAACAGCUUAUUUAACUCUAAUUAUGAAAAACUACCCACUAUAGGAUGUCACAUUGUCACAGAUAAAGGAUUUAAUUUUUCAACAACAGAUGAUGCCUUUGUGUGCCAGAAGAAGAAUCAUUUCCAAAUUACAGUCCAUAUUAGAGUCACUGGACAUCCAAAAUAUGUAAACACUCAGCUGGGGGGAAAACUAAUAGAAAAGUUUUACUUGAAAGCUUUUGGAAUAAAGGUGGAAACUCCAAAUCAAACGAUUGCUAUUGAACAGUCUCAGUCAGAUCGAAGCAAAAAAACUUUCCAUCCUGUUAAAGUUGACCUGCCAGGGGACCAGAUAACUAAAGUAACACUGGGAAGGUUGCAUUUCAGUGAAACAACAGCAAACAAUAUGAGAAAAAAGGGGAAACCUAAUCCUGACCAGAGAUACUUCAUGCUGGUAGUUGGACUGUAUGCUGUCUCUCAGGACCAAUUCUACCUACUGACUGCGAAUGUCUCUGAAAAGAUCAUUGUGAGGGCAUCUAACCCAGGGCAGUUUGAGAAUGACAGUGAUGUACUGUGGCAGCGAGGACAUGUUCCAGAGACGACAGUCUAUCAUGGUCGAGUAGGAAUUAACACAGAUGCACCAGAUGAAGCACUGGUUGUCUGUGGAAAUGCAAAAGUUAUGGGCAGAGUCAUGCAUCCAUCUGACAGCCGAGCAAAACAGAAUAUCCGGGAGGUCGAUACGAAUGAGCAGUUGAGGAGAAUAACGCAAAUGAGGCUGGUGGAGUAUGACUACAAGCCUGAAUUUGCAUCUGUUAUGGGAAUAAAAAACACCCAUGAAACAGGAAUAAUAGCCCAGGAAGUCAAGGAUCUUUUGCCUCAAGCUGUUACAGAAGUUGGAGAUGUUGUUUGUGAUGAUGGACAAAAAAUAGAAAACUUCCUCAUGGUUGACAAGGAUCAGAUCUUUAUGGAGAAUGUUGGUGCUGUGAAACAGCUUUGUAAACUAACGAACAAUCUUGAAGUCAGAAUAGAAGAAUUGGAACAGUGGAAUAGGAAACUGGCCAGGCUGAAACGGACGAGCAGUUUAAAGUCAACAGUCAGUGAAGAGAGCAAAGCCAGCAGGUAUAGUCGAGCUACUAGUCUUUUGACAUCAAAAAAAUCAGUCCCGCUAAAAUCCAGCAAGGUUUGUUUGUUAAACAGGAAGAAGAUUUUCCGGGUGACUAUAAUAGCUUUGCUCACUCUUAUGGCACUAUGCGCUCUGACAAUAUUGACCCUAUACCUCCUUAGCAUUCAUGACAGACGUUUUGAAAAACAGCCUAUUUACAGCACUACCUCAGGCUCUGUUAUGCUCUUGCCCGCUACCACUACAGCAGCUUUGCAGGGGGAAAGCACCAUUUCUCAGAGCACGCAACCCAUCAGCACUAUCCCUGAAGUGAAUUUCUGUGACAUUUUGCCUUGUGACACGGUCUGUUGUUGUCCAAUUCAGGAACAGAAAGUCAAAUCUCUAAGUUAUGAGAAAAACAAUGCAAAGGAGAUGCGACGCAAAAGUAACAUGUUACCUGAAGGAAAUACAGUGAAAAUAUCUAAUGGAAGACCUGAUCUUGGAAAUGACUGGAUUGACACAACAAUCAGUUCCAUACAGAUUUUGGAAACGCAGCAAAGCAUUGACAACCGCUAUUGUAGUAAAAAUCUACAGUGCUGGUCUGGAAAUUACACCUAUAUUAUUCCUGUUAACAAAUAUACACCCAUGGAUGUAGAAAUGUCACUGGAAAUUAACACCACAGAACCAUUAAUUGUAUUUCUCUGCAAAGUCACAUUUGGAAAUUAUUGCUCCUAUUAUUCUGCAAAACAAAACAGUAGGAAGGAUUUCCUCGAAACUACACAGGGACAUCAGCAUAUUUGGACUCUCCCUGUAGCUAAAUUUUAUGACAGCAAGUACCAUUUCCGUGUAGCUGCACCGGGUUUUGCAGCCUGCUCAACAGAUCAUUAUUUUGCUGGGAUGUUUUUUACUGAUUACCACUUCUACUUUUAUCGGCAGUGCAACUAAAAUGUUGUUGAUCAUUCUGUUCUUUGGGGAAAAGACAAUGAAGCUCUUGAUAUGAAAAAGAGACUUAUGAAUUGUCCUGGAUAUUUUUUAAACAUCUUGAUGAGUUGUACAGCACUUUCUUGUUUGUUUUGCUUUUAAAUAAAAAAAAAAAAAAAAGGAGACAUAUGAAGUGUUUGAUAACAACCACAGUUCUGCAUUUCCAGGAACUGUUUCUAAACGGACAUGAGGCAAUGGAGUAAACAAUGAGUAAAUAAGAAAUCCCAAUGAUCAUAGUGAAGUUAGAUGAUAUUGUACAUAUGGCAGACAAGAACGAAUGGGUAGGAGCUCUGCUGAGCUGGGAUGCACUCUAGUCCUCAGAAGAUGGUAAGGUAAUAAAAUGUUAUUUGCAGUCAGGAGACAUAAUUCUGUCUUACAGGCAUGUGCCUCCUUUUAGUAUCUGCUGCCCUUUAUUCAUAUAUAAAUCUAUUUUUAUUUUUCACUAACAAAACAAAAACCAAACAAAACUUUGAGAGAGAAAUGUAGCUCUGUGCAAAUGCCCUCUAAAAUAGGUGCUGUAAGUUAGGGAACGACAGGUCAAUUCUGCAAUCUAGGUAAGUAUUUCCAUUUCAGAAAACAGUAUCAUCAUUGCCAUUAUGAUUGUGUGAUUUAAUGAUGCUGCUGCUGCUGUUUGAAUGAUAUAUAUUUAAUCUACUUGUUUUUUUUUUUUUAACUGUACAGCAGGAAUUGACUAUUUACUCCUAAAUUCAGGUUAUUUUUUUUCUUGGUGUUUGUGAUUUGUGCCAGUGUGAUGGAAGAAUAGAAAUAUUUGAAAAGAAUAAUAUCUUGCGUGUGUGUCUUUAUAAGAUACAUAUGGAUACACACUUGCAUGGGAGAAAUCUUUCUGGUUUUAUUUAGAAAAUAUAUUUGUAAGGUAAAACUUUUUAAAUGAAAUUCCACAUUAGUUGCUCAGACAGAAGCAAAACAGAUGUGAGAACCAAGUAUGGUGUUGUGGGGUAUGUUUAGAACAAUAAUUCAUUUUGUGUAGAGAAGAUAGAGUAAAUUUAAUGGAGAGACUGUAGGCUUUUAAAGAUUCAUAAUGUAAAAGUUACAUUUGAACAGCCUUACUCUGAAUGAAAUUCUUUAUUUAGCAGCCCAAGAGAAACACUAGGAAGAAAGAUUAAUCUCUAAAAAAGAGCUGACUACAGGUUUUGUAAACACCAAUGUGUCUUAAUUGUAUAUUUAUUGCCUGACGAUGUGAUGGGAGAAUUUCAUUUGUUUCUGUGCCUUUGUUUGGCAUUUCUUUUGUCACUAUUUUGAGAUUUCCUUUAAGGAUGACUUUUUCACUGAUAUUUUAAGAUGCAUGUGCUUCAGGUUGUGGGGGGUUUUUUUGUUUGUUUGUUUUAAUUUAUGGUGUAGGUCAUGUUCUGUAAUAUCCUGAAGACUAACUGGACUUGGAAGUCUGGAUCCAAAAGCAUCAGAAAUUCACACCUUUAGUUUUUUGUGGUCCAUGCUUGAGGGUAAUUCCUAAGUGCCAUCUGGUCACAGAUGCUAGUGCAUCUGCAUCUUGAACAAACAUUGCAUAUUUCUAGACCUACCUGGUUUUCCUCACACUAUUCUGGGUUGUACGCUCUUCUCCAUGGCACAGAGCACUGCAGUAGAAGGAUAUAAGUUCCCAGUGUUUCCUGUUAUCCAAAAAAGUUCCUGUGAUUAGAGCCUGGGGUGAGAUGCA